AUGAAGGUUCUGAUAAGUUUACUGUUGUUUGUCCUGUUACCCCUUACGACAUGGGCUCAGGAUUAUUAUCAAAUUCUCGGAAUCGCCAAGGAUGCCACAGAUAAGGAAAUAAAAUCUGCGUAUAGACAACUUUCCAAGAAAUUCCAUCCUGACAAGAAUCCUGGUAAUGAAGAUGCACAUCAGAAGUUCAUUGAAGUUGGGGAAGCAUACGAAGUGUUGAGUGAUCCUCAAAAGAGACAAACUUUUGAUCAAUUUGGUGCUGAUGCAGUGAAGAAUGGAGGGCAAGGUCAACCGGGUGGUGGUGCUCAAUUCCAUGACCCAUUUGAUAUUUUUGAACAAAUGUUUGGUGGUCAAGGUGGUGGUGGGAAUCCCUUUGGUGGUCAAAGACAAAAACCAAGGGGUCCCAAUAUUAUGGCUAGAGAGGAAAUUUCAUUAAAGGAUUAUUAUACUGGUUAUGAGUUGAAUUUCACUUUGAACGUUAACGAUUUAUGUGAUCAUUGUCAUGGUACUGGAUCAGAUGAUGGGAAGUUGACACCAUGUCCUGAUUGUCAAGGUAGAGGUGUCAUUAUUCAAUUGAUUAGAAUGGGUAUGAUGACACAACAAAUUCAACAAAUGUGUGGCCGUUGUGGUGGUAAGGGACAAUUAUUUAAGAAACAAUGUAGAAAAUGCCAUGGUAAUAAAGUUAUGCCGCAAAAGAAGGAAUUCCAGGUGAAAUUACCCAAGGGUGCUAAAAGACAUUAUAUGGAUGUUAAACAUGGUGAAGCUGAUAAGAACCCUGAUUUAGAAGCGGGUGAUUUACUGAUAGAAUUUAAUGAAAAUGAUAAAAGUAAUAUGGGGUACAGAAGACGUGGCCAAAACCUUUAUAGAACGGAGGUGUUGAAUGUAACAGAAGCAUUAUACGGUGGUUGGCAGAGAGAGAUCCCAUUCUUGGAUCCUAAGAAGAAAUUACAAGUGGGUAGAGAAUCGAAUAUUGUAGUAUCCCAUGGUGAAGUAGAAAGGAUACCAGGGUUUGGUAUGCCUACUGGGAAGGGGAAGAAGGAAACAUUUGGUGAUUUAUUCAUUGAUUAUGUUGUGAUUAUGCCAAAGCAAUGGAACAAGGUAAGUUCAUCGAUAAGAGAUGAAUUGUAA